CUCCGGUGUCAGGGACGCCUAACGUUCUUAACGAUAAAGGGAGAUAACCGAAUCGACUUCCGGAGUCAUCGUCAAUUUCCGGGCACCUGUGUUGACAUUUUCAGUUGUACUGUUGAUAUCGGUUGAAAUGUCCGAAUAUGAGAACGUUGGAAGAGGUUCAUUGAAACUAAAAGGUGUCUCAGAUCAUUCUAUAAAAAAGAAAAAGAAGAAAAGGGACAAAGAGAAAGAUGCUCAGAAGAUGUUUGAGCAAAUUUCUAAUGCCAAAAAGACAAAUGAAGGAGAAUCUACAUCACAAAUAAUAGUGGAUAAACGUACAAGAGCAGAAAUAGCAUUUGAAAAGGCUAGAGAAGAAAGGAAAGCUGAACAGAUUAUUGAAAAGGCUAGUAAAACACACAAGGAAAGAAUCAUGGAUUUUAAUAAACACUUGGAUAAUCUCACAGAACAUUUUGACAUUCCAAAGGUCAGCUGGACAAAGUGAUUCAUGAAAAUAUUUGUAAAUGUUAAAUGCAACCAUCUUAAAUGUGGAACUUGUGGGUAUUUUUCUAAGGAAAGUAUUUUAGUGACCAUGUCCUGAUUGUGAUGACCAGGAAAGAUACUGUAAACACUUAUUGUAAUAAGUGUUUGAAAUGUGAUGAUCUGUUUGAAUUGAAAACAUAUUUUAUUUGUAUAAUGUAUGUAAAGCACAUCUAUAAUUCAUUGUUAUAAAGAAAUGAACACAUCAUAUAACAGUAAUAUUAAAAUGUUUGUGAAAUGAAAACUGAGUUAGCAAAAACUGUAUAUGUAUUUUCGAUUUUACAGGAUUUAUUCAUUAUUAUUUCUGAAGUGCAAAUAGUUAUUGAUUCCAUGUCAGAGCAUAAGUGAAACAUAGAUAUAAUUUAUAAAAAAUCUCAUUUAGGAUUAUCCUGUCAAAAUUGUUUCCAAUAUAAACUACAAAUUUUUCUCAAUCCAUAAUAUUUGGAAUCCAUGAACACAAAUAUGGGUACAACCAGAGUAUAUGCAUUAUAUUGGUUGAUCACAUAUGCUAUUUAAUAACAGUGACGUCGCCGUGUUUGGUGUAUUUAUAGUUUUUAUAACAAGACAAGACUUCAUUACUUUUAUGUUGCUUAAAGAUUUUGGCAGAUAUCGUACAUAUAAUUUUUUCAAAAUUAAAUUACAUUUUUAAGCCACUUCUUUAAAAAAAAAUAUUGUUUAUUCACGUUUAAAUCUGUGGUAAUGCUUUCUCUGCAUACAUAUUGAAAAAAAAAUAUCAAUGUUUGAACUUUUGAAUACACACAUAAAAAUAUUGCUAUUUUAAUUUUUCAUCUUGGAUGUGAAUUCUGUGAAUGUGUUUAUAUGUAAUGCAUCUAAAAAAAAAAUUAUCAUGUCUACUCAUUUAUAGUGUUAUACCACUGAACUUGAAACAUCAUUAUCUUAGUUUUGACUUUUAUCAUUUUUAAUUGUUAUUUUUUAACUUUCUAUUUUGUCAUGUUUCCAACACAGAAACUGAAUGUUUUGUUGCAAUAAAGAUGACAGAA